UUGGUGUGGAGGGGGCGUGGGGUACAUAUUUGGGGAAUCGUUUUUUUCUCCCCCUCAGACCAUUUACCAUCAAACUGUCAACCUGUAUGACAACCUGACAGCAUUAUCUGAGAGUCUGAGAAGAAACUCGUCAUGAUGUGUGAAUCCAGGGUGUCCUCUGUCAUCCAGGAGUGGAUGACUCCAUAUCCGAAUCAGGCCCACGUGACAUUGAACCCAACAUCUUCAAGCCCUGCCGGCUCAUCCAAUUUGGUUUCAAUGGACAUGAUAACAUACAGCCAGUCGCAAGGAUUGAGGGGGAGCAGUGAGGACCGAAUAGACGAGCAGAUGAUGGGACUGUCGUACCUGCCGUACGCGUCCUCUUGUCUCAGCGGCGCCGCAAGUUCUGGGAACCACCAUCAGAACCACGGCAACAAUUUGCAAGAGUUCUCUCCUCCUUUCCUCUUGCCAACCAUGCGUGCUCCGGUGGCCAAGAGGAGCAUCAGCAAGGACAGCGCAGAGUAUCGGCUGCGACGCGAGAGGAACAACAUCGCCGUGCGGAAGAGUCGAGACAAAGCGCGCAGGAGGAUCCUGAUGACACAACAGAGGGCCCUGCAGCUGCAAGAGGAGAACCAGAAGCUGCAGAUGAAGAUCGGGCAGCUCUCACAGGAGCUGGACACUCUCAGACAUAUCCUGUCUCAGCAGCACCUGCCGGGAAGUGACGAGGGGGCCGCGGGGGUCACCGCCGUCUGAGCAGAGAACAAUCAGUUGGUUAGGUUCAGUGCUCAACACGCUUAUUAGAUCACCUGUCAUAAAAAUGAGAACCUGCGGCAGCAUCAUGAAGUGCUUCAAAAACGAUUUAUGGUGGUCUAAUAAUUUUGUUAAGCACUUGCACAAUUCAAGGAGAACCACUACAAGAACUAUAUCCCAAUUGUGCAAAGAUACUGAUGCUCAGUUUGACUAGAACUGAAAAAAAAAAGUGAUUUACAAUCUGCUUAUUACUUUGGGGCUAGUCGACCGUAUGAUCAGGUGUUCCCAAUAUUUUGGUGCCCUUAUCUUAUGCGAGAAGGUCAAAAUAUUCAAAUCACUUAUUUGUGUGAUGUCGCUCAACCACUGCAGCCUGUUACAUCAAAACAGAGCAUUAUCAUAGUUUCUAGUGAGGAUAAGUGCUACAGAGAAUAAAUGGAAGGAGGGAUAUUCAUGUUCUGUCUUGAGCUGCGGAGGUGUUUGUAAAAUAAUGAAUAAAUAUGGUUAACAAAAGUA